AUGGAUGAUAAUGCUCAUGCUGCCUGCUAUAUCUUCAAACCUGCAGCACAAGAAGAUGGAGACAUCAAUCCUCGACCACCGAAAAGGCGCAGGCUAGCCAAGGCAACAUCCAAGAACCUCGAAGAAGAUGUCCCUUGGCCACGUCUCCUGGGAGGACUAGAGUCGCAAGAGUCUGUCAAGCUGCGCAAGUCAUUGUUUGAGUCAACAUGGGCCACACAACAAGCGAAGCUCGACAAGGUGGGGCACACGGUCGACGAACAAGUUGUUCAUGAUGUACUCAGUCAUGGCCGUCUGGGGGAGACAGCAGGACACGAAAGUCUGCCCACUCAUUUACUGGUAGCAUCUGCAACAGCACAGCAUGAGUUUCAACAGGCCAUGGAAAGAAGGAUGCAAGACACCGCGUAUAACAACGAUGUCAUGGUGUCGCUUCAACCCACGCAUUGCUCAAAUCUGCAGACUGCCCUGAAGACUAUCAUCAAGGCAUCCAUAGCCGGACAUCGGGGCGAGGAAGCUUACGCCGACUUCCUAGCAGUGAACAAGGCAUUAAUCCCGAUGAACUUCGAUCUCGAACUCCUCCACCGUUGCGUACAACAAGACAAGAUAGAGCGGAUCCUGAUUUCUGUCGCAGACAUAGAGACGUUUGACACGACUGUUCUGUCCGAGCUUAUAUCGACCUUCCACUCGUGGUCCGACAGGAUCCCAUUUAUGCUUUUCGUCGGCAUUUCUACCACGACCGGGCUCUUUGAGUCUCGUUUCUCAAGAGCAACGAUCAGUCUGCUGGACACUCACUUCGUCGCAACCAACGCCUCAGGAGCAUCAGAGAGCACUCUGUUCAACAUGUACGAGACGCUCCAACAUGACAGCGCGACUCAAAUUUUCCUAGGCCCGUCUAUCGUCAAUGGCUUAGCCGAACUAGCAGAAGCCCAGAGCACUACCCCGGACACUCUGGUCCGGGCGUUGAAGUACGCCUACAUGUCGCACUUCUUUGCCAACCCUCUAUCCGCCUUGGACGUGCAAUUCAAAGGAGACACUCAAUGGGAUCCGGCAAUAUGCAACGCGAUCCGCAGCCUUCCAGCCUUCAAGAAUCUAUGCGAGCCGCUGGCCAGAGGCGACAGAACUCAGAGACAAAACGCUCGCGAACUACUCACCUCCGAUGAGAGCCUCCGGAGGGAAGCAGAGGCCGCCAUCCCAGCCGGCCAAGAUUACAUGCACUCGUGUCUCCGCGCCAUCAGAACUCUAAGACACUUAUAUCACUCCAAGCUCCAUAUCCACACUGUCAAGAACACGCCAUGGGCGACUGAAACGGACCUCCUGGCAUCACUACCAGAUCUAACCAGGUCCGAAACCUUCAAAGCCAUCGAAGACACGAUGAGAGCAAGACAGACAACCUCCCUGAGCGAGAUCGUCGACAGCGAGACAGAAACAGAGACAAACCACCUCAGCGACCUCGAGAAUUAUUGUUCAGAAACCGGAACCCAGGUCGACCAACAAGCCGCUGUUCCAUUUCUGCGCGCCUACCUCCAACACCGAACACCCAUUUCCCCGUCCUCGUCCUCACCCACAUCAUCACCGCUCCAAUCGGGGAUCAGCCCCUUCCGGCAAUUCCUCGCCGAAGCAUUCACCAUGACCCACAGAAUGCCGCUCUCGCAAAUCAUCCACCCCCGUCCCCGCCAUGCCAUCGAGCGCGCGCUGACCCGCCCGGCAGACUACCUGGGCUGUUCGUGCUGCGGUGCAGCGGGUGACGACAUGACCACCGCAACGAGAGCGACCCUCCCGCCCACGAGUGUUCUGGUCCACAUGCUGAACGAAGCGGGCGUGGUGAUCAACGUGCGGGAUCUAUGGGAUGCGUUCCGCGACACGGUUUCGCCCGGCGUGCGGCGCCGUGGGGAGGAAGAAAGUGGCGACGGCGGCGAAGAAGAGGGAGAGGGAGAGGACCAUGAAGAAGACGGGGCUCAAAGCGAGAGACAAGUCCUCGCGCUGUUUUACCGCGCGUUGGCCGAGCUCAGGUACUUGGGCCUGAUCAGGCAGAGCAAGCGGAAGCCGGGGAUCGAGUGUAUCCAGAAGACGGCGUGGAUGGGGCUCUAA